AUGAGGUCAAAGCCAAAACGUUCACACUCGGAAUCACAACUGGACCGCUGUUCUAAAACUAAAAAACGCUGGAAAAAAGGCAAAUCACCAGAAACGAUGCAAGAAAGCUUUUCUGUUUGUGAAACUUCUGCUUCAUCAAAAAUGGAAGGUGUAUUUGCAUCUUCGUCAUCAAGUGCUAGUCCCUCCUCGUCAGCAGCUUUGAGUCGACACUCAAUUCAUGAAGACGAAAUUCAGUUGGCCUCUCCCUCAUCAUCCAUUGGUGGUGAAGACAGUUUAUCGCCGCCGAUGUUGACAAAAAAUGUGCGUGGUAGUUUACGCCAGUUUCCGAAGUUUUUAGACCGGAACAGCACCCUCUCCCACUCCCCUCCCCCACAACUAAGAGUUGAAAAAUGGGGAUCACCUCAGAAGUUCUGGGAUGUUCUUUGUAACAAAAGCAAAGUGUAUCAUAAGAAUCCGAACUGGACAGAAAAUCAUCCCGAAUUGACAAAGCAGAUGCGAUUUAUCCUUCUUGAAUGGCUAAUGGAAGUUUGCGACGAUUUAUCAUUAGGAAGGGAGUCCUUUUACCUAGCAGUCGAUUACAUUGAUAGAUUCUUCUCUGUACACAGAGACGUUCGUAAAUCGAGCUUUCAGUUAGUUGGAGCUACGGCAUUGUUCCUGGCUGCAAAAAAUGAGGAAGUCGAGCCGCCUAGACUGAGUGUCUUUGUUGAUUACGGGGAUGGUGCUUAUGAUGAGGAUGAUCUUCGCAAGUGUGAAUUGAUAAUGCUUCAUGAUUUGGAAUGGCAAGUGAAUCCCAUAACACCUUUACACUGGCUAAAAAUCUUCAUGCAGCUCACUGGCUCAGAGACGGUAAUUGUCGAUAGACUCCCGUCUUUAAAUCAGUCGAAUGAGAACACCGUAGGGAGCUGUCAGGACUCUAUUCUAGCCACUUCAACUUUUCCACGACUUGAGUUUUUGCAUCUUGCUAAAGUUUUGGACAUGUGUAUUUUGGAUUAUGAAAGUUUAGUUUUUGAGUCAAGCGUACUGGCUGCAGCUGUAUUCUCUUUUGUUUUUGGACCCGAUGAUUUUGUUGAAGAAGUCACAGGAUACGCAGUCGGAGAACUAGCUAAAGCGCGUGAAUUUGCUAAGCCGUACCUUAUUGUCUGUGAUCGUCAUAAACCUGUUGGGGAACCGAUAAAAAUUCGGCGUGGGGUAAAACAAGAAGAAAUGCACAAUAUACAAUCACUUCAUCCACGUUUGGCUGAGCUAAUGGGAGAGGCGGAGAAAGUAAGGGAAGAGCUUGUUAAAGGAAACUGCAGCGGGAUUCGGAAGUUUGGAAAAAGCAUCAAAUUUGAAGAUGCAAGUAAAUGA